CAGCGGUUUAAAUGGGAACGUAAACGUAAAGCAGCUCACAUCGAGGAAUGAACGCAAGUCUGCUGCUGGCUCUCCUUCCACUGCUGGACGCGUCAGUGUUGAUUGUAGAGUUUGUUGGAUUUAUUAGUUUGUCAGGAGAAAAGUGACUUCACUUCCACAACCGAUAAAAGAGAAAGAAGCUCAUCUUUCAGCGGAAACGAAGCAAGCAAGAAGCAGGGAGAAGGGCUUCUUGCUGUGUGGGCAGCGGCUGCUGUCAACAGAUUUGGACAGUCCUCCACAUCUCUGAUGUAAAGCAGUCCGAGGUCAAAGGUCAAAGACUCCCAGUCUCCCAGCUACAUUUGAACCCAAGAGCCAUUAAACAGGUACAUAUGGGGGAGGUUUCAGCUCGAGGCUCAGCCAUGGAGGGGGACUGCCUCAGCUGUAUGAAGUACCUCAUGUUCAUCUUCAACUUCUUCAUCUUUCUGGGUGGCUCCUUCCUGCUGGGUGUCGGCGUUUGGGUGCUGGUGGACCCGAUGGGCUUCAGGGACAUCGUGGCGGCCAACCCGCUCCUGUUCACCGGCGUCUACGUCAUCCUGGCCAUGGGCAGUAUGCUGUUCCUGCUGGGCUUCCUGGGCUGCUGCGGAGCCAUCCGGGAGAACAAGUGUCUCCUGCUCUUUUUCUUCAUGCUCAUCCUCUUCAUCUUCCUGGCCGAGCUGGCAGCUGCCAUCCUGGCGUUCCUCUUCAGGGAACAUUUAACCAGAGAGUAUUUCAGCAGGGAGCUGAAGCGUCACUACCAAGGACACAACAACACCGACGUCUUCACAUCCACAUGGAACGCCAUCAUGACCACGUUCGACUGCUGUGGUGUAAGUGGCCCCGAGGACUUUGAGGAGAGCCUCUUCAGGCUCCUCAGCCCCAGUAAGAUGGUCCCCGAGGCCUGUUGCCAGAGGAACAGUUACCCCGGAGACGUCAGUGUGGAGCAGUGUGUGAGCGGCAGCAUGGUCUUCAGACACAACAAGGGCUGUUACUCUGCGGUGGUGGACUACUUUGAGACGUACAUUUACACAGCAGGAGCUCUGGCCAUCGUGGUGCUGACAAUUGAACUCUUCGCCAUGGUGUUUGCCAUGUGUUUGUUCAGAGGCAUCCAGUAACCGCUGCGUCCGCACACAUCAUCACCAGCCGUCAGAAAGGCACAAGCAGAAGGAAAA